UUACUUUUCAAGUCCUACCUCUCUUAAUAAGAGUUCGUCUGACUCAAGGCCAUCCAAAGCUUCCAAGAUAUUCAAACAUAAUCAUGAACAUCAAUACCAGAUUCUCUUUUUCUCUUUUCCUCUUCAUUAUUAUUUCUGAAAGCUUCUUUUUGGCCAAGGGACAAAACACGACGGUCCCAGUUAACGUUGGUGUGGUUCUUGACUUGGAUACGUGGAAUGGGAAGACGGGGUGGAGUUGCAUCAAUAUGGCUCUUUCAGACUUCUACGCCUCUCAUUCUUACUACAAAACUAGGCUGAGAAUUACCGCCAGGGAUUCCAAAAGCGAUGUUGUUGGAGCAGCUGCUGCAGCUCUGUACUUGAUAAAAAAUGUAGAACCGCAAGCCAUCAUAGGGCCACAAAACUCGAUGGAGGCCAACUUUGUCAUCGAUCUAGGGAAGAAAGCCCAGGUGCCCAUUAUAUCAUUCUCAGCAACAAGCCCUUCUCUUACUUCCUUGCGGAGUCCAUACUUUUUUCAAGUCGCUCAAAAUGACUCAUCUCAAGUGAAAGCUAUAAGUGCAAUUAUUCAAGCUUUUGGAUGGAGAGAAGCCGUGCCAAUCUAUGUAGACAAUAGUUACGGGGAAGGUAUAAUACCCUUCUUGAUUGAUGCCUUGCAAGAGAUUGAUGCCCGUGUCCCCUAUCGAAGUGUCAUUCCUCCAUUGGCCACGGACGACCAAAUUGGUCAAGAACUUUACAAGUUGAUGACGAUGCAAACAAGAGUCUUCAUUGUGCACAUGUCACUCAAUCUUAGUUCUUGGCUUUUCACCAAAGCAAAUGAGAUUGGAAUGAUGAAAGAAGAUUAUGUGUGGAUCAUUACCAAUGGGAUAGCCAAUUCAUUUAGUUCGAUAGAAGCUUCAGUCAUGGAUUCAAUGCAAGGGGUAUUGGGUAUAAAGACUUAUGUUCCAAAAACAAAAAAGCUUAAAAAUUUUACAAUUCAAUGGAAAAAGAAAUUCCAACAAGACAAUCCAAACUUUGUCAAUGUUGAAUUGGGUGUUGUCGGCCUAUGGGCUUAUGAUGCUGCUUCCGCACUAGCCAGGGCAGUUGAGGAAGUUGGGAUCACAAAUCUUGGCUUUGAAAAGACAAAUGUUUCAAGCAACUUAACUGAUCUCGAAACUAUUACGGUAUCUCAAAAUGGCCCGAAACUUCGUAAAGCAUUAUUGGGUGUAAGAUUUACAGGCCUUACUGGAAAUUUCAGUCUUGUCAAUGGGCAACUACAAUCAUCAACUUUUGAGAUAAUUAAUGUGAAUGGUAAUGGAGAAAGGGGGAUUGCAUUUUGGACUCCAGAAAAAGGAUUGGUAAGAAAAUUGAAUUCGAUGAAUGCAAGCACAUAUUCCACUUCAAAGAACAAUCUAGGACCUAUUAUAUGGCCUGGUGAUUCAAGCUCUGUCCCCAAAGGUUGGGAGAUUCCAACAAACGGGAAGAAGCUGCAAAUAGGAGUUCCAGUGAAGGAUGGUUUUAGUGAAUUUGUUAAGGUGACGCAUGAUCCUAGCACUAACACAACAAAGGUCACUGGGUAUUGCAUAGAUGUCUUUACUGCUGUAAUGGAAACAUUGCCAUACACUAUUAGUUACGAGUUCAUUCCCUUUGCAAAGCCUGAUGGUGGAAGCGCCGGUAAUUAUAAUGAUUUGGUCUACCAAGUAUUUAUUGGGAAGUUCGACGCUGUAGUAGGAGAUAUAACAAUCGUAGCAAAUAGGUCUAACUUUGUGGACUUUGCAUUGCCAUACACGGAAUCUGGAGUAUCAAUGGUUGUGCCAGUCAAAGACAGCAGGCCAAAAAAUGCAUGGGUGUUCUUGACGCCUUUAACUUGGGACCUUUGGAUGACAAGCGGUUGUUUCUUUGUCUUCAUUGGCUUUGUGGUAUGGUUUCUUGAACACCGAAUAAAUGAUGAUUUUCGCGGGCCUCGCUCGCAUCAGAUUGGGACAAGCUUAUGGUAUGCCUUCUCCACCAUGGUUUUUUCACAUAGGGAGCUAGUGUUAAGCAACUGCGCUAGGUUUGUGGUGAUUGUAUGGGUUUUUGUGGUACUCAUACUCACUCAAAGUUAUACUGCGAGUUUGACGUCACUCUUAACAGUUCAACAAUUGCAACCAACUGUUACUGAUGUCAAACAACUUAUCAAGAAUGGGGAGUAUGUCGGAUACCAAGAAGGUUCUUUUGUUUUAGGAAUGCUAAAAGAAAUGAACUUUGACACAAGUAAGCUUCGGCAAUAUAAUUCUACAGAUCAAUGUAAUGAACUUUUGUCCAAUGGAAGUGCAAAUGGUGGUAUAGCUGCUGCUUUUGAUGAAAUCCCUUACAUGAAGCUUUUUCUGGGUCAAUAUUGCUCAAAUUACACCAUGGUUGCAUCGAUAUACAAAACUGAUGGCUUUGGCUUUGCCUUCCCAAGAGGUUCCCCUCUUGUUGCUGAUGUUUCAAGGGCAAUCUUAAUUGUGACCGAAGGAGACAAAAUGAAAGAGAUUGAAAAGGCAUGGCUGGGGACAGAAACCAAUUGUCCAGACUCCAACACCCAGGCUUCUUCUAAUAGUCUCAGCCUCGCUAGCUUUUGGGGCCUAUUCCUCAUUGCCGGUCUUGCUUCCUUAUUAGCCCUAAUAAUCUCUGUAGGCAAGUUCCUUUACAAGGAGAGGGAGGAAAUCUGUAGGCGUCUUAAUGCAAAAGUCUCAUUAGGAAGAAGAAUUCGACAUACAUUGAAAAUCUUUGACGAAAAGCGUACUUUUAGAGGGAGAGAUCUUGAAGACAAAAGUGGCAUUAAUGUUGUUCGUAGUACAUGCACAAGUGAAAGCCCACCAAACUCUAACUGCCCACCAACUCCAUCAAGCCAUUCAACACAUGUCUUAGGAGAUCAAGGAACGCCUUCUAGAGAAUAUGCUGAUCUUAGUCCAAUGGGUCAAGUGUCUCAACCACCAGCAGCUAUUGAGCAAAUUGUCGACCCAACUCAAGAGGGAACAAGAAUCCCAGAAAUAGUUCACGAAACCAGUUAAUAUAUAAGUAUUUUUAGUCUAAUAUGACAAUGAAAUAACAUUUCCUGCUAUUUCAUCAAUGAUUAAUUGUUAUUUGAUAGCUUCCUAGUUGAAAUCCACUCAUUCUGAGUAGACUUCAUCUUAAAAUUUGUUAUGACAAAGGUUGCUUGAAAAUCUUGUUUAACUUCUUUAUAAUACAUGUUUUGGUGAUCAUUCGAUGUCACCAAGUUUGCUUAUGCUAAAUCUUUCUUAAGUUGACA